CACGUUUGAAAAGCAGUUACAGGAUAUUGGCAAAAAAUUAGACGACCUGCAAUUGAUAGUCGAAGCACAGAAUACUGCUAUAAUGGAUGCAAUAGCGGUCCAAAAGGUGGCGACUGAGCAAUUGAUUCGCCAAGAAUCAAAAAAUGCACCCAUCACAAAAUAUUUCCCAAUAAGUGACGUCCCAGAAAUGCAUCAGUUGGAGGAAAAAAUUACCCCUACUAACAGAGAUGUAUAUGAAUCUGCGAUGUCUGCUAUUUUAUGCAACAAUCUCAGAAAUAUAAGGCUGCUGUUAAAUAAGGACGUCAUAGCGUCAAUAAACGUGGAUGGUUCACAUGGAAAGAUAAGCUUAAAAUCUUUCCCAAAUUUUUAUGCUUCAUUGACUGGAGCCAUUGCCAAAUUACCAUUUAAGGGAUUGUCGCCGGAGGACGCGCUGCGCAAAGCCAUUGCUUUCGAAAAAGCUAAAUGCUUUAAGAAAGCUUAUCGACAAAAAAAGAAGAAUUCUGCAUCUUAAACUACUACCCCUCCAAUUGUUUUUUUUUUUUUUUUUAAUAUAAAACUGCAAUAGUACAAAGUUGUAAUAUUUCAGACUUUAAAUUCUGACUUCUUAUUUCUGGACUGAAUUUUUCUUUUUUAAUUUUUAUUAUAAAAUUAUUUAAAAAAUGUGAUUUAUAAAACUCGUAAAGAAACCAGAACGAAUAUUUAUUUUAAAAUUUUCGCAGCUAAAAACUCACAAGAAAUAUUCUCCUAAAAGUUUGUAGCCCAUUUUAUUUCGUUUUUUUUUUCUUAAAGAAUAAAUUUUGUUCACGCGUUAUAUGAAAGCAAGAAAUCAACGCGAACUUUUUGAGUGGAGUACAAAACUGCGUAAACGAUUUUUUUUAAGAUACAUUUUUUUAAAUUUUGAUGAUAAUUUCUUUCAUGAGUUUUGCAAAAAUUUUGAUUUGUCAGAUUUAUGUUAGAGAAGCUGUAUUUAAAGUGUUUAAAGUCAAUUAAAUAAAAAUACAUAUUUUAAAACGAAGGCUUCGGAUAAAAUUUAUCUUGAUUGUUAAAGGGAUUUUAGAGGUUUUAUAACGACUGGUCUCAUUCUGCUACCAUUGCGACCUACAAAGCGACUAGUCCCUUUUUAUACCCAUUUGGGUAUAAAUGGGUACAAUUAGUCUCUUCAUAGGACAUGCUCGAACAAAAGGGAACAGUUCAGUCCAUACAAAGAGAUGUAAAGUGGGAUUAGUCGCAUGUUCCUUUGCGACUAAUCCCGGACACAUCCCGGACUAGUCGCAUUUUUU